AUGAUUGCUCAACGUAUUCUUAAUGGUAGCUAUCAUACAUUCGGUGAGGUCGAACGUGACUUUGUGCAAAUGGGGAGGAAUGCUAAACAUUUCAACGAACCCAAGUCAAAAAUUUAUCAGGAUGCCGUCACACUUUUGCGGAUUAUAAAGGAGAAGAAGAUUGUUAUCAAGAAACGGUUCAAAGCUGAUCCUGAUGAGGAGACGAUCGAGAGCAACGCUCAUGAGAUCACUGAGGACUAUGCUAAUCUUCCUGACGCAGUUGGUAUGACUUCGCCUGUCCCUAAAGUGGAAGACGAUGAUGAAGUUGAGGACUAUGAAGCAGAUGAAGAUGGUGAAGAGAGCUCCUCUGCGGCAAUCUCAACACCGGCUGGAUUCGCUGUUGUGAAACGACGCCGUGGCCGCCCCCGCAAACACCCACUGGAUUCUGUAUCAGCUACUCCUGCUUCUCCCACCCCUUCUGAGGGAUCAGCUGAUCGGCGCUCCACUUCUUCCACUACCACCACAACGAUAACUACGCCGAUUGCUGGUGGAAAUGGUUCAGGGGUCGGCGGCGUUGUUUCUAGUGGAAAUGGCAGUGGUAGUGGAAAUGCUGCCACGGUUGACCUAUCUUUCCUGAUGCUCGAUGAGUCGGUUGCUCCACCGGGUUCACCACCUCACAUGGCACCCUUUGUCGAUCCUACGGUUUCUAGUGAGGAGCAGCUUAUCCCCACAAUGCUUUCAACGGCAGCCGUAGGCUCGCUUCGAUGGUGGGGCGAACAUGUUCUUGAGGCCAUCUGCACAGCGACCAAUUCGAUGGGUACUUUACUCGCUUUACCAUUCAUGCGCUUACCAUCCAGAAAAUUGUAUCCUGAUUAUUUUCGGCGCAUCUCCAAUCCAAUAUGUUUGGCCAAGAUUCGCCGUAAAAUUAAGCGGAAUGAAUACCAUAGUCUGGCUGAUGUUCGAGGUGACAUUGAUCGCGUCUUUAUGAAUGCUCAGGCUUAUAAUAUGGAGGGCAGUGAUAUUUACAAAGUUGCUGUUUAUCUGCAACAGCUUACAAAGAGCAGAUUUGUUGAGCUUAGUCAAAUCGCUGCCAAGGUAUGA